AUGCCUCUGGAAUUUUGGGCUGAAGCAGUUAACACUGCUGUAUAUGUAUUGAAUAGAUGUCCUACUAAAGCUUUAGAGAAGAAAACACCCUUUGAAGCUUAUAGUGGAAGAAAACCAGGGAUCAAGCAUCUAAGAGUGUUUGGUUCCUUGUGUUAUGCUCAGAUUCCAGAGCAGCAGAGACAGAAGCUUGAUCAAACUAGCACUAGGUGUGUGUUUCUUGGUUAUGGUAACUGUGAAAAAGGUUACAGGUUAUACAAUCUUGAAUCAGGCAAAGUGAUUAUUUCUAGAGAUGUUAUUUUUAAUGAGGAAGGUAGUUGGGACUGGAAUGCACAAAAGGAGUCCUGUGUUUCAGUUUCACUAACUGAUGUUGUCAAUGAGAAUGGAAAAGAGAUUGAUGAGUCGCAUGAAGUUCAAGCAGAAAUGGCUAAAGAAAAUGAAACAGAACACGUUGAGGCUGUCACAGGUCCUCAGGAGUUUGACCAUACUCCUAGAAAGUUCAAAACUAUAGCUGAAGUCUAUGAAAGAUGCAAUGUGUGCAUCAUUGAGCCUGAGUCAUUUGAAGAAGUUGUCAAGGAUGACUCUUGGCAGAAAGCAAUGGAAAAUGAGAUUCACAUGGUAGAGAAGAAUGACACUUGGGAUUUGGUUGAUAGACCAAUAGAUAAACCAGUCAUUGGAGUUAAAUGGAAGAAUAAAGCAAGGCUGGUGGCAAAAGGCUACUCUCAAAAGCUUGGGAUAGACUUUAAUGAGACCUUUGCACCUGUGGCAAGGCUUGACACAAUUCGAAUUUUAGUAGCCUUGGCUGCACAGAAAGGAUGGAAGCUGUUUCAGUUGGAUGUUAAAUCGGCUUUUCUGAAUGGAGUGUUACAUGAAGAGGUUUAUGUUGAUCAACCACCUGGUUUUGUGGUUAAGAACAUGGAAGAUGGGGUUUAUAGACUGAAGAAGGCUUUGUAUGGUCUUAAACAAGCUCCAAGAGCUUGGUAUGAAGAGAUUAACUCUUACUUUGAGAAGACUGGUUUCAAGAGAAGUCUUAGUGAGGCAACUCUGUAUGUGAAGUCUGCAGAGAGUGGAAUUCUUAUUGUUUCACUUUAUGUAGAUGACAUCAUCUAUACUGGAAGUUCUAGAGAGCUAUUGUUGGAUUUCAAGACUGAAAUGAUGAAGCAAUAUGAAAUGACAGAUCUUGGUCUGUUACAUCAUUUUUUGGGGUUAGGAGUGAUACAGACUGAAUCUUAUAUUUUCUUGCAUCAGAAGAAAUAUGCAAAGACACUCUUGGAUAGGUUUGGUUUCAAGGAUUGCAAGUCAAUUGCUACUCCUCUUGCAGUAAAUGAGAAACUGUCUAAACAGGAUGGUAGUGAAUUGGCAGAUGAAACCAGUCUUUUAGCGAUAUUCAUGCAUGGUCCUACCAGAAAACACAUGGGAACUGCUAAGAGAGUGCUUAGGUACAUUCAAGGCACAUUGGAUUAUGGCAUAGUCUAUGAAAGAGGAAAGGAAGCUGUGCUAAUUGGCUAUUGUGAUAGUGAUUGGUCAGGAAGUGAGGACGAUAUGAAGAGUACCUCGGGAUAUGCAUUUCAUCUUGGUUCUGGUGUUUUUUCUUGGGCAUCAGUCAAGCAAAGCAAUGUAGCUCUCUCCACUGCAGAAGCUGAAUAUGUGAGUGCAGCUGAAGCAACUGCACAAGCAAUGUCGUUAAGGUUUGUUCUCUUAGAUUUUGGUGAAGAACAGAUCAGUUCAACAUCAAUUCUAUGUGAUAAUACCUCAGCUAUUGCUAUAGCAAAGAAUCUUGUGCAUCAUCACAAGACAAGGCAUAUCGAUAGGAGAUUUCAUUUUAUCCGAGAUGCCUUGCAGAAUGAAGAAAUUGAUUUACUGUAUUGGAAGACAGAAGAGCAGACUGCAGAUAUAUUUACCAAAGCUCUAGCCAGAGAUUGGUUUGAGUAUUUGAGGAAGAAGCUUGGUGUUAUUUCAGCUAAACACUUAGAAGGGAGUGUUGAAAUAUAA